GAUCACAGAGCUGUGGUGCACAUUUUGCAGCAAAACUGUCCAAGUUGGGCUGGUGCGUGAGUACAGCUGGCGUAGGCGUCAACAGGUCACUCAGAAAUUGUUCUGCAGUCGCACUGCUGUGAAAUUGUCUAGGCUGAACCAAUGCUAAACCCUACAGUCUAUGGGCUGAACACUAGUGACGCAACACUGCUAGUGAACCUGCGUAGACAUUUGCGCAGCCCUCGAAAACGAUGUGGAGAGUGACGUUGCAUCGUUUCUUUUGUUUACAAAAUGGCGGACUUCAAAACUUGCUCCAUUGACUAUUUCCCCGAGAACAUUCUAAUUGACAUUUUAUCGUAUUUAAGCGUUAGAGAGCUCGUCCGAUCUGGCAGGGUGUGUAAGCGAUGGAGACGGUUGAUAAAAGACCAGAGAUUGUGGCGAGCUGUAGAUCUCACUGAAUGGAAAGGGGUGACGUCGCGUACGCUAUGGGUCCUGCUGAGGCAGUACCUCGGAAGUGGACUUCGCUGCUUGUGGUUGCGAGGCCUGCUGCUGUCCGUCCGAGCCGGGGCCUUUCUAUCCGAGUCCUGGCUGCAGGCCCUGGCCUCCCGAUGCCCUCGUCUGCGCAGGCUGUCCCUGCUGCACGCCGACCUGCGCAGCCUGCGCAGCUGCCUGCUCAUGCCUCACACCCUGCAGGUGCUGGAGCUGCGCGGCUGUGAGCUGCCGCCGGGCUUCUUCGCCCAGGACGCCUCUCCGCUCUCCUGCGUCGGCGGCGACGCGGGGACGAACGCGGGGAGCCGGGCGGGGGGCGGGGCCCGGGCGGGAAAGGGCUCCACGCCAGGCCCCCCAGCCCGAGUCGCCAUAGAGACGCUGGUCCUGGAAAACGUGCCCUCCUUCACAGACCAGCACCUGCAGAGCCUGAGCUCCUGGGAGGGGCUGAGGCGGCUGGAGCUCCGUGACGUGAUCCGGGUGACGGCGGCCGGGCUUCGGGGCUGCUCCGCGCGGGCGGAGGCGGCGGCGCCCAGGGAGGGGCGGGACGCGGCGGCCGGGCUGUCCGGGCUGCGGGCCCUGGAGCUGGGGAACUCGGGUCGGCCCGGCUCCCAGACGCAGAUAGCCUCGCUGGGGCUGGACGAGGGCUGGGCGGGGCUGGAGGAGCUGACGCUGGGCGGGAGGGAGGUGGGGCCGGGGCUCCUGUGCGUGAGCCGGCUGCGGGACCUGCAGCGGCUGCGCCUGCGCGGCUGCCCGCUCAGCGAGAUGCAGGUGCUGCGCAGCUGCAAGGGACUGCGGGGGCUGCGCUGGAUAGAGUUCUGCGAGGUCACCUUCCAGGGUCAACAGAGGAAGCAGCAGCAGGAGGAGGAGGAGGAGGAGGAGGAGGAGGAACAGGAACAGGGCAGGGGCGAGGGGGACGAAGGGAAAGACGAGAAGGAGAACCCCAUGCCAACUCUGCGGCGCUCUCUGGCAGCUCUGCUGCCCAGAUGCACACUGGUGUUCACACGGUGCUCUGUCACAGUGCCAGCUGACUAGUGGCACACACCAUCACAGAUAUGCGCAAAACACACACACACACACGCGCGUGCGCACACACACACACUUGCUUAAAUACAUAUUCGCACACAUGCGCACUGCCAGUACCUGCUGCCUAUAUUGACACACUCACAAAUAUGGCGUACACUUAAGCACGCACGUGCAUGCAAAAAAAAACAAAAAAAAACACCAGUACACACAAGAUUGACCCACACGUGAAACUCGCUCAUGCACACUCAGAACUAUGCACCAGCACACAUUUCACGCACUGUGUGACAAACACUGACACUCAUUAACACUUACAAAAACACUCAGACCAUCACUGAUUACAUCACAGUACAUUCCAGUACAUUAUGUCACAUUACAUUACUGGCAUUUAGCAGAAGCUCUUGUGCAGAGCGAAUUGUGCAACUCCCAUGCAGACACUCGGUGGGAAACAGACCUGGGUCAAAUACGCAUUUGUUUUGGGUUCAAAUAAUUUUCUGAGCUCUGUUGAUCUUGCCUGGUGUAUUUGAGCCUGUAAAUUUCACUAAAGCCCAUAUAGCCUGCCAGUAUGACCAGAAGGUCAUGACCACUAUGAGAGUGUUUCAUUGGUUCUAAUACACCAGACAAGAUCAGCAAAGCAUGGAAAAGUAUUUGAAUACAAAACCAAUACGCAUUUGACCCAGUUCUGGUGGGAAAUGAUGAUAAGCGAGCUGUAGAUGUGGCGCACGCGUGAAUGUGCAGGUGUUCGUAUUUGCAGGUUUGCAGGUUUGCAGCUGUGGCUGCGUGCCGCAGCCCAGUUGAGCCUGAAUGCACACUGCCGCUGUUGCUCAGCUUGCCGUGCCACACAGAGACGCUCUGUCGGAAGUUGAGCAAAACACCAGUUUCCUGUAUCCCUCCCCCACCCACACUGAGAUGCGAGAAAACGCCAAGACGGGUGGGUUUGGGGCGAUGCAGGUGGCUGGUCCAGGAACCUGUAUGAUGUAGGCCCUGGACUAUGACAUGAUUAAUGAACUGAACCAUAUUUAAGUGGGACUCUAAUGAAGUGUCCCCUUGUGAGCUUGAACUACACUCUACUGUGUUCCAUGCGAUGUGCAUAGAUGAAUAUGUACGUGCACUUGAAUGCAUUGUGAGACUGUAGCGCCAUGUGUAAUUAGUAAAUACAUGUACAUUAUUGGAGAACACUUGACUGAGCACUUCACCGCACAGGCCGGGAGCCUCUGGCUCGCACCGCUGUUGGUCGCGUGCGACUCUGUCCUAGCGGGAAGCUGGACUGUCCAGGAGUCACCGUGCAGACGUCUCCUCCGCUGGCUACAGCACUGUAGGACCCGUCUUCUGCCCUGCACGGUACCUCGGAGUCCCAGGGCAGGGCGCCCCGAAUAACUUUACCUCAACAGGUGUAAUUCACACUCUCAUGCUGUCUGGGAACAUCCUUAAAAUGCUGCUCACUCUCCACCUUAAUUGAUCGGCCAGGAGUGAGAAAGCUAACGAAGCAAAAUAAGCUCCCAGUAUAAAUGCAACAGAGUACUGUAUGAUGUGCCAUUGUUAAUUUGUCAUAAAAAAAAAAUCUUGGUCUGUU